AUGAACCCAAUCAAUAAACCCAAACCCCGGCCCGCAGCAUCCUGCGCCCCGUGUCGAAACCGAAAAGUCAAGUGUGAUAGACUCUCCCCCUGCGAAGCCUGCGUCGCACGGGGGAUCCCACACGAAUGCAAAUACGCCAUCACGGACGAGGACCGCGAGGCGAUAGCGCAGGCAGAAGUGAUUGCGCAGCUGCGGGGAAAGUCACAACGACUACGGAGCGAUCUGGCUGCCGCGGAGGCGGAGAGACAGGAGCUACGACGACGGGAUCGAGAUUAUCAUCACUCGCGGAGUGAGGACGCGGCCAUGGAGAUGUUGUACUCGGCGCUAAGGUUAGGAUCGCAGGAUCUGGUAGAGAGGUUAGUAGGACGAAUUCGUGAGGGUGAAGCACUCGCGGAUGUCAUUCGGGAGGUGCAGACGGAGGGGAUGGUUCAUAGGCCGAAAGUAGGGAGGUAG